CCCGGGCUCGGGAGGGUGAGGGUUGAGGGUCCUGCCUUCCGGGGUCAUGAGAAGGAGUGCGGGAUCCGGGACCCCCUGGCUCUAGAGAGGAGGGGGCUGAGCGCCGGGCUCCUGGGACCUGGGGAAGAGCGUGCUGGGUUCUGGGACUGCCGAGUCUGCAGGGGUGGGGGUGCUGGUGGGGGAUCUGGACCUGUGGAUCCCAGACGACCCGGGUACUACUGACUCGUGGUUCCUCUGGGAGGGGGUCUCUCGGGGCAAGAGUAGCAGGUCAGCCACCAGGGCAGAGAGAUAUUGGGAACCUGGAUAUGAGUCUCCAGGGAGUGAUACCCAGCGACCCCCGAGGCUUUAGGACUGGGAGAUCUGGGGGUGGGACUUUUUUACGGAAGUUGGGGGUGCUGCAGAGGGGCGCUCUCCUCCCCCCUUCCUCAGUUUCCACCACGCUGGUGGAAAGUUGGGUCAGAGGGAAAGUGCGGAGCAAAGGGAAGGAAACGGCAGAGGCGGAGGCGGACGCCCCACCCAAAAUCUUCUAAUGGCUUUGGAGGAGUCAGGCGGCAGCAAUGUGCCAGUUUUUCCGCGCGGGAGGACGAGGAGGGCGCCCAAAUCCACCCCGCCCCCGUGCAUUUAGGUGACUUAAGGACCCCUGAUGUCUGCCCUCCCUCCUGCCCCCACAGUGAGUCGGAAUGAGCGCGGCCACUGCCCGACACAGACAGUGAAGAAGCUCUUGGAAGAGCAGAGGCGCCGCCAGCAGCAGCCUGACGCUAGUGGGGUGCAGGGACAGUUCCCGUCUCCACUGUCACAGCCCCUGACCCCAUCUGUGAGUGAGGCUGAGGCUGGCCAUCCUCACUUCCCAGCACAACAGGAGACUGUGGGCUCUGGACUUGGCAGCUUGGCCCCCCCUAUGGGCUUUCCAGACUGGGACCCCAACACGCAUGCCGCCUACACAGACAGUCUCUACUCCUACCCCACUUCUGCUGCUGAAAGUUUCCUGAUUCCUGACUUCUACCCACCCUCGGACCCAGGGCAGCAGUGCCCAUUACCCCUGGGGAUGGAGGAACCCCCGGAGACUCGGCUCUAUGCAGAAUCUUCCGUGUCACAGGCAGGAUCCUGGAGACUUUCUGGGCUCCCCCCAGGACCCCCACAGUUGCCUGCUGUGGUCACUGGGCCAUCCCUGGAUACAGCCCGAGCUCACAUGCUGGCUUUGGGGCCACAACAGCUGCUAGCCCAGGAUGAGGAGGGGGACACGCUCCUGCACCUGUUUGCGGCUCGGGGGCUGCGAUGGGCGGCAUACGCUGCAGCUGAGGUGCUCCAGGUGUACCAACAUCUCGACAUUCGUGAGCACAAGGGCAAGACCCCUCUCCUGGUGGCUGCUGCUGCCAAUCAGCCCCUGAUUGUGGAGGAUCUGCUGAGCCUGGGAGCAGAGCCCAAUGCCACCGACCAUCAGGGACGUUCUGUCUUGCAUGUGGCCGCCACCUAUGGGCUUCCGGGAGUCCUCUCGGCUGUGUUUAACUCAAGGGUUCAGGUUGACCUUGAAGCCAGAGACUUCGAGGGCCUCACCCCACUCCACACAGCCAUCCUGGCUCUCAAUGUCGCUAUGCGCCCACCUGACCUCUGUCCCCGGAUGCUGAGUGCCCAAGCCCAAGAGAGGCUGGCUUGUGUCCAGAUGUUGCUGUACAUGGGUGCUGAUCACACCAGCCAGGAGAUCAAGAGCAACAAGACAGUUCUGCACUUGGCCGUGCAGGCUGCCAACCCCACCCUGGUUCAGCUGCUGCUGGAGCUGCCGCGGGGAGACCUGCGGGCCUUUGUCAACAUGAAGGCCCACGGGAACACUGCCCUCCACAUGGCGGCCGCCCUGCCCCCGGGGCCAGCCCAGGAGGCCAUCGUGCGGCGCCUGUUGGCAGCUGGGGCGGACCCGACGCUGCGCAACCUGGAGAAUGAGCAGCCUGUCCACCUGCUGCGGCCCGGGCCGGGCCCUGAGGGGCUCCGGCAGCUGUUGAAGAGGAGCCGUGUGGCGCCCCCAGGCCUGUCCUCUUAGGACUCAAACCCAGAACCUGGACUGAUUUUCCAGUCCCCACCGUCCUGUGGGACAGCCAGCGUAUGCUAAUGUGCAAAUCCAUGAUAAUGUAUGUGGAAUAUCCUGCCAUUAGGGUCUUACAUUAAAACCCCAAAAUGGCUGCUGGGGGGUGAACAGUCCCCAAUAUUUGGAGGAGCCCUCUUGAUGAUUUCUGUGAAAUCGAGGCCCCUUGAUUGUUUCUGUGAAACACCCUGGGCCCCUAACCCUGUCCUCACUGAGACCUUUGGGGUUCUCUCGCCUAACUCAGCUCUUCAUACCCUAAAACCCAGAUGUUAUCCCCUUACUUGGUACUUGGGGCUCCUAAGAUAGCCCCUGACCCUCCCCAGCACCCACACCCCUGGAGUUCUAAGCCAGAGACAUAGGAAGGACCCGCUCAGAUUAGAGCUCCUCAGGUCCUGCUGCUUUCUAGUUCAGAACGCAGCUGGGCUCUGUCCCAGACCUCCACAUUCGCAGCGAGUCCCUCCCCUAAUCUGAAUGAGCAUCCCUGAAACUUCUAUUAAACUUGAUUUGGACUAGAA